UUUGUCCGUUGACCCAAUCUGCGUGCGCUCGCGCAGUACGAGUCUGCGAUUGCCAGUGUUCGAUUGCAGAAGUGUGUAGUUCUGUGUGUUCGGAAUUCGGAUUUCAUUUAAAUUUUGAACACAUUCUCCUCGUUACCUACCAAGAAUAUAAUAUUAUGUGCCUGGAACAUUUUCAACGGUUUUUAUUGAACUGAUAUUGUAAUCGAUAAAAAUGUUUUCCAAGACGAUUAUUUGCAGUGUGCCAAUAUGGUGUUUAUUUGUUCUUAACCUGUUAGCACAAUCGAAAGCAGAGAUUUUCACUGCAAUAUCAGAAGUGGAGCCCUUGCUGGAGACACACAAGAGAAUUAUCGAAGAUCUAGACGACUACAUUACCAAAGAAGAAAAUAGACUUAGCGUAUUAAAGAGGCAUUUAGAGAUAUACAAGCGGGAACAUGACAAGGCUAUGGAGGACAUCCCGAACUACCUCGGUAACCCUAUCAACGCGUUCACGCUUAUCAAAAGACUGACCACGGAUUUGGACUUCAUCGAGCAGAGCAUCGAAGUGGGCACAGAGUACAUAAAGAACAUAACGGUGCUGAACAACUACGCGGACGUGAAGUAUCCUACGUUGGAAGAUCUGACGGGCGCGGCGCAGGCGCUCACUCGCUUGCAAGAGACAUACCACCUUGACGUCGCUGACUUGGCCGAGGGGAGGCUGAAUGGGGUUUUAUACAGUUCCACCAUGAGCGCAGGCGACUGUUUCGAGCUAGGCAAGGCGCUCUACAACGAAAAGGAUUACACGAACUGUCUAGCGUGGAUGACGAUAGCUCUACAAAAAUUCAAUGAAGAGAAUAACUCGUAUCCGUUCUCGGAAGUGGAUAUUCUCGAGUACAUAAGCUUCGCUCAUUAUUUGCUAGGAGACGUAAGGCAAGCUCUAGAAUGGACGAAGAAGUUAAUCGCGAUAGAGCCGACACACGAGCGCGCUCUCGGCAAUAUCCCGCACUACCAGGCCACCAUCGCUGCGCAGGAGGAGAAAAGGAAGAAGAGAUUGAGAGGGGAUACCGGGGAAGACUUCUUAGAAGAAGAGGAAGAUGACCAACAACCCAAGGAGCUGAGCAGCUACGGCAAGGAGCGCAAGAUGUACGAGACCCUGUGCCGCGGGGAAAUGGACAUCUCACCGAAAAUAGCUAAAGAAUUAACCUGUCGUUACCUGACGGAGAAUCACCCGUUCCUGCGUCUGGCGCCGAUCAAGAUGGAGUACAAGUACCGCGACCCCGACAUCGUGCUGUUCCACGAGGUGCUCAGCGACUCGGAGAUCGAACAUCUCAAGGAGCUCGCGCAGCCUAGGUUCCGUCGCGCUACGGUCCACGACCCCAAGACGGGCAAGCUGGUGCCGGCCCACUACCGCAUCAGCAAGUCGGGGUGGCUGCGCGACGACGAGUCGCCGGUGGUCGCGCGCGUGUCGCGCCGCGUCCGCGACAUCACCGGCCUCGACCUCGCCACGGCCGAGGAGCUGCAGGUCGUUAACUACGGCAUCGGCGGACACUACGAGCCGCACUUUGACUUCGCACGGAAGCAAGAGACAGCAUUUACUGAGCACCAGGGCAAUAGAAUCGCUACUGUUUUAUUCUAUAUGUCGGAUGUGGCCCAAGGCGGCGCCACAGUGUUCACGGAGCUAGGGUUGAGCCUGUUCCCGGUGCGCGGGGCGGCCGCGGUGUGGCUCAACCUGCACGCGUCCGGCGAGGGCGACCUGGCCACGCGCCACGCCGCUUGCCCCGUGCUACGCGGCUCCAAGUGGGUGUGCAACAAGUGGAUACACCAGGGCGGGCAGGAGCUGAUCAAGCCCUGCAACUUGGAGUACCAGCGUGAGGAGACGCGCCCGCUGCCCAAACCAGUCUACAAGACCUUCAGAUAACUCCCAGUGUUUGUCCAGUU